AUGUCAUCCACGACCACCCAUGCCAAUGUCAGCACUCCGGACUAUACGCUGACAUGCCCGGACGAUGUCAAGCAACUCUCUCACCACAAGCAACGCAAUCAAAGCUUCCACAAUCCCUGGCCUUCAUUCGUCGACCCGGGCGGGCCAGCUAUCAUGUACAAGAUUAUGAAGCGAAACCUCCUCGGCCAGGCCAACAAGCCAGAUACGACGAACCCUGCCAUCGAGGUUCUCAAACCAAUAUUCCGUGCUCAAUCCGCAACGAAAGAAGAGCACUCCACCAUCCGUGCGACCUGGCUCGGCCACGCCUCCUACCUCCUCGAAUUUCCAUCGACCUCAUCGAACCUCACAGUCAUCUUCGACCCAGUCUAUACGAAGCGUUGUUCCCCUUUGACAUUUGCCGGACCCGCUCGCUACACUCCAGCGCCGUGUCAACCAUUAGAUCUCCCUCCUAUCGACGUCGUCGUGAUCUCUCACAACCACUACGACCACAUGUCCUAUCCAGACCUGACUGCCAUCUACGCCGCCAACCCCAACGCCCACUUCUUCAUGCCCCUGAAUCUGAAGAAAUGGUUCCUCACCAAUGGAAUCGGUAAAGCAUCCACCAUCACCGAGAUGGACUGGUGGCAAAGCGCAGACUUCACCCUCCCCGGAUCGUCAUCUGCGACAGCAACCUUUUCCUGUCUACCCGCCCAACACGCCACGGCCCGCACAGGUCCUGACCGCAACACGACUCUCUGGUGCGGCUGGUCCAUCACUACUCCGCACAGUCAACCGAAUCCGAAAUCAGUCUACUUCGUCGGCGAUACCGGCUACCGCAGCAUUCCGGAGAAACUCGACAUCGACCGCGCUUUUGACCAACACAAUCCCGCGCUCAAGGAACUCCCCGUCUGCCCUGCAUUCGCACAAAUCGGGAAGCUUCGAGGACCAUUCGAUUUGGCGCUGAUACCGAUUGGAGCAUAUGCUCCGCGCUGGCUGUUCAGCGGGUUACACGGUGAUCCGUACGAUGCGGUGGCGAUUUGUGAGGAUGUCAAGGCGAAGAAGGCGCUUGCCAUGCAUUGGGGUACUUGGGUGCUUACUGAGGAGGAUGUCACCGAGCCAAGGGAGUUGUUGAAGGAGGCUGUGAUAGAGAAGGGAUUUGAGGAGGGAAGAUUUGUGUCGAUGGCGAUUGGAGAGAGUCGAGAGUUCUGA